AUGAUCGUGGAGGCAGAUGACUACUCCUCUGAUGUUUUCCAAGCUACGCGGGUAGAGCUGAUUCCCUCACCCACUGGCCCUGAGCCUGAGCCUCUUUCUUCCUCAUCCUUCUCAGAAAUGGAUACUGGUAGACACUCUCAAGAGCAUGGAGCGACCGGUCCGGCAAAGGGUUCAACGCACCCCAUCCAACACUCCCUUCUCUUCACUGCCACCUAUUGAUGAGGAUGCACCAAUCUCACCCCCUACCCCACUCUCUCCUCGUACUCCAAUCUCACCUUUAACUGAGCCAAAGUUGUUGAAUGGAGUUUCUAGUCUGCCUUUAGACAUUGGCUUUAACUGGAGUACCCCCAAAGAAAUGCGCUCUCCAUUGACCAUGAUGAAGGAACAGCAGCUCGGAGAGACCCAAAAUCGGGGGCUCUCUCUACCUCUGCGAGCUUCGGCCCUCAGUAGCAUUGUCAUGCGCAGGAGCUCCCUCAACGAUUUGAGUCCUGAAGAAAGUCCUACUAAAGGACUCGUGAAUGGAGGCUCAUCUCGCCUAGAAAACAGCUUCUUUUUCCAGCCAACUGAGAACGGCAAGGCCUCAAACCGCUCCAUCUUUCGUGCAGCCUCUCUCCCUGAGAUCAGCCCCAGUCACGAGCGGAUAAGCUCAGCCACCAUGGCAUCUGACACCUUGCUCGGUUCCCGUUUUGAGCGCUUCUCGUACCUCACAUCUCCAUCGAAUUCCCUCAGUGGGAUCGCUGAAACUUCUCGAAUAAGCGUGGCUCCAUCUGUCCAACACAACUCACAAGAUACCUCCAGUUUUGACCACAAGUCCACUAUGGAACUUUACCGCACUCUGCCCUCUGAAACGCUUCUCAAGAACUCUCAACCUUUGGGUCUUCAGCGCAGCAGUAGUCUAGAUGGAGGUCUUCUAAUCAAUGACACCAAGAGCUUCCAAGUGGACAAAAAUCCAGAACCAGAGCGGAACUUACUCCUCAAAUACAGAGCCUUCCCUGAUGCAUAUCUCACAAAAGAAAAGGAGCAUGGCAAGCUCAAUCCACGACCUGGGAAGAUGUUUAUCUAUGACAAGCCUGGAAUGACCGGUGAGAGAAUUGAAGUGCGUGGUGAUGUUGUGGACGCCACACCAUGGGAGUUUACAGACACUAUUUCAAUCAGAGUGAUCAGAGGAGGUUGGGUGUUGUAUGAGAAGCCCGAAUUCAAAGGGGAAAAGAUUGCUCUGGAUGAGGGGGACAUCGAGCUGACAAAUCCAUUUGGACCACCGGAUGAAGAAGUGGUUAAUCAGCAGAAUGGAACAACACAGGACCAUGAGCAAGAGGAACAUGAGUCCAAGCCACGGCUAAAGAGGAAGUUUGUCAUCGGUUCCAUACGGCGAGCAGUGAGAGAUUACAGUGUUCCUGAAAUCAGCCUUUUCCCAGAAGAAAAUGCAGAAGGCAAGAAGGUCACAUUCAGAGACACGUCAGAAGACUCCAGAAUUUUUGGCUUCCCAGUCAAAGCAAACUCCAUCAUCAUCAAUGCUGGACUAUGGUUGGUGUUUGCAGAGCCCUUCUUUCAGGGUGUCCCACGAGUGCUUGAAGUCGGGGGAUUCCCCACCCCAGCUAGCUGGGGUGUCACACAUCCAUAUGUGGGCUCCCUACACCCGCUUAAAAUAGGGGAACCUAGAGUGGAGAACCUCUAUGAGCCAAAAAUUGUGCUCUAUGAAAAACCGUAUUUCACUGGCAAAAGCAGAGAAAUCUACAGCAGCAUGAGAGAUUUCCUGUCAAGAGUGGACAAGCAGCAAUCCUUGUUUAUGUUCAGUGCAGGAUCCCUUAAAGUUAUUGGAGGCUGCUGGGUCGGCUAUGAGAAGGAGGGUUUCCGGGGUCACCAGUAUCUUCUAGAGGAGGGAGAGUACCAAACAUACUGUGUGUGGGGAGGAGUGAACUCAGAGCUGCGCUCAGUCCGAGUCAUCCAAGCUGACCUGUCUGAGCCCCUGCUGGUGUUAUAUGGGAUGCCUGAAGAGGAGAAAGCAGAGGGUGAAGAGCCCACGUUUGAGGUGACAGAAGCUGUCGCAGAUGUGGAGCUGUUUGGGUUCGGCAUCAACACCCGCUCCAUCCACGUGCUGAGUGGAGCGUGGGUAGCAUACUCUCAUGUGGAUUUCUCAGGUAACCAGUACAUCUUGGAGAAAGGCUUCUACAACAACUGUGGAGACUGGGGCUCUGAAGACAACCGCAUCUGCUCCAUACAGCCCAUCCUCACAGCACCUAGUGAAGAACCCAGCUUCAGAAAUGAGGUGCUGCUCUACUCAGAGCCGGAUUUCCAAGGCACAUGUAGGGUUUGUCAUCGGAACCAGGGCUGUUUGCCUGAAAGGCUCACUGUUAAGUCCUGUAGGGUGGUGGGAGGAAGUUGGGUGCUUUAUGGAGGAGAGAAGUUCACAGGAAACAUGUAUGUUCUGUCUGAAGGAGAUUAUCCCAACCUGACCAGCAUGGGCAUCCCAACUGACUCGGACAUUCACUCUGUCAAAGCAGUUCCAAUGACCUUUUCGGUGCCGUCAAUCUCGCUCUUUGGACUGGAGUGCUUUGAGGGUCGGGAGGUCACCAUCGAUACACGGAUUUCCAACAUGCAGGAGGAAGGAUUUAAUACACAUUUCCUCUCUGUCAGGGUCAACAGUGGUUGCUGGGUGUUAUGUGAACAUAGUAACUACAGGGGGCGCCAGUUCCUUUUGGAGCCCAUUGAAAUCACAAACUGGCAUAAAUUCAGUUCUCUUUCAUGUAUCGGCUCCAUGUAUCCAGUCAGACAAAAACAAAGACUGUUCCGCAUCAAAAAUAAAGAGACGGGCCACUACAUAUCAGUGCAGGGUGGUGUUGAGGACAUGAAGACGGGCCGUGUGGUCGUCACAGAGCAGGUGGAGGGAAUGAGUGAUAUUUGGCUUUACCAGGACGGGCUAAUCAAAAACAAGCUGGCUCGAACCAUGAGUCUGCAGGUGAUGGGUAAUGUGGAGUCAGGUGCUAAGGUGGUGCUGUGGACUGAAACGCGUGUUCCAGUGCAGACCUGGAGCGCUCAGGUCAGCGGCACAAUCUCCAGCAUCACCUUCCCUGGAAUGGUGCUGGAUAUCAAGGGGGGUAAGCAAUACGACAAACAACAUUUAGUGAUUCGAGAAGAGAACGAGGAACAUGCCAGCCAACAGUGGGAGCUGGAAUUUGUUUGAUCCCGCCCUCUCUCCUUCAUCUGACCCCCUUCUCCUUCUGACUCCACCCACUCGUCCUGCCCCAACAAUACAAACACUGUCUGUGAUCUGAUAUAGGACACUAUGAGGGCACCUCUGAGUCAUGCUUACAUACAAUCAGAAGAUGUUGGGCAAGAAAGGUUUCUUGUGUCAGUAGAGACUGUAUAAUAGAUAAAAUGGAUCAAUGUAUUGUCAUUUAAAAAUGAAAGCGAAGCAGAGGUCAAAUAUCAUUCAAUAUGCUAGUGUUCUUGAAACGUAAAUCUCUCGCCUGUGAUGGGUUUUAUUUGCACAUAAUUUGAAUAAAACAUAUUACCUACAAGUCAUUUACACACAUGAUGAUGGUGCUGGUGGUUAAGUCACUCAAAAACUUUUUUUCCUCUUUUCCUAUGCAUCAUAUGAGAACUCAUCAUCGUAUAUGAAUCUGGCAACUUUCGAAGCAUUCUUUCAUUUCUGCUCAUUUUAUUUGUUUACAAGCUAAUGCUAUUUUUUAUAAACGUUUGACAUAUUGGGUAUAUUCUGGUAUACGCUUUUAUAUCAAUGCCUGCAAUUAGUUUAUAGUCAAUGCAAAAGCUACUGGAGUGGAUCCUGGCAGAUUUCGGUCUGCCAUGUUGUUUUUAAAAGUGUGCUGACGUCAGUCAUUGAUGUCAAUAAAAAUGUGAUGUCAAUAAAAAGUCGCAUGUUUUUGGACAGCCAGGAAACUUUAUUAUGUAUAGCUACAUGUUAUUUUCAAAGCACAAUGUGAAAUAUGUAACAGGGAGUGGCUUUAAUUUUGUAAUAAAAUUGUAAAAAAAAAAAAACAA